AAAUCCAAUCCAAACCCAUCCGAAUCGGGUUGGUGCGAAUCGAAACAGAUAUCAGUUCUCUCAGUAAAGACAUCCCGCUGUCGUUGAGACCAUGUCGUCAUCCGUCUUCUCCUUCGCCUGACCGCUUUGGUUCCUCUGAGCUAAAAGAUAUAUGCGCUCAGAUCAUCUUGCCAUGUUAGCAAGGCGUGGACCCCACCUGCGUCGUUCGGUCUUCGCUUGAGCCUCCUGAACAUUCUCGAAACCAUGGCGAAUAACUCCAAGGAAGAGCCCAAGACCGGUCCUCAGCCCGAUCUCUGGUACAACCUAACCCUUGGCCCUUCCUUCAAAGACGACUCAUCCAACAAGUACUGCACUCUGCGAUACGAAUUUAAACCGGCGUCGAUUGACAAGACGAAGCCGGGGACGCUCAAGAAAACAAAGGAAAAUAGGGUUACGGUGGAAUUUCAAAACAACCAAUUGGGGAAACCGAAUGUGACCUUCAAGGGGAGCAGCGAGGACUACAAGGAUAACGACGCCGUAUUGUUCUUCGACGGCCAGACGUUUCGGUUGGAGAGGCUUCACCGGGCCGUGAAGCAGCUCCGGCAUGAUCGUCAGCCCGGUGAAUCGGCGGCUGGUGCCGCUCAAUCGGGGUCCGCCGUGGAGCCGCAGCUGUCUCCGGUCGGCAAGGCCCCGAAGCCAAUACAUCAUCCUAGUAGAACUGCAUUCCCUGCUGUGCCGGUUGAGGUGGAACGAAUAGAUGUUGGAAUACCUGGGAAUUCAGGUGCAAAAAGUGCCAAUAAAGGUGUGGUUGAUUACUCAUCUGAUAAACUGAAUGUCUCUGCUGCCUCGCCAGACCCUAAGAAUGAGGAGGUCGAGGAACAUCAAGAUAUAGAUAUUGAAGAACUUUUUGGCAGUGUAUCGCCUGAAAACGGGAAUGCUGCGGAAGAUGGAGCUAAUGCUGGGUUUGAUAUGAGUAUGCGAAAUCAAAAUGAAAGUGAUAAUGAGAUUGCUGAUGUGGAUGAUAGUGGUGAUGAAGUUGAUAAGGGGCCAAAUGCUGCAGAAGCCCUUCGAGCCCAGGUGAACGCAGAGGGGAGGGAAAAGCAGACUUCUACUUCCGGUAGUAGCAGUGGAAGUGGGAGCAGCAGCAGUGGAAGUGGCAGUGGUAGCAGCAGCAGCAGCAGCGAUAAUGAAGGCAGUGAUGAUGAUUCAGUCAACUCCAUCUGAGAAAUCGGGCAACCUUGAUCUUCCACGUAGGUUGUCCAAGACAGUCCAGCGGAUGUUUACGGUGGUAAACCGAGGCUUGAAGAAGAAAAGAAGAUAAUAUAUACACCCUGUUAUUUACACAUCCUAUUAUUUUGUGCGAUCGUGAAUGAUGCCACUUAAAUUUGUUAUAAGCUUGCCCUGUUUGCGUCACAAUGUUUCACUUGAAAAUUUUGACAAUAAAAAGAACCAAGUUUUGCUA